AUGAAUAUACUUUAUUAACGCAUAUACAACUAAUUUUCAAUCAUUGCUCCUUCCAAUUUAACAUAACAAUUAGAAUCUAUUUAAGUAGAUACUGAAUACAUAACUAAUGUAAUAGUUAUUGUUGGUACACAUGAAUGUAAGAAGAAAUCACAUCAUUUAAAAAUUAAUGAUUAAAUGCUUCUCAAAAUUGAAAAAGAUUCUACUAAACCACCUAUCACAGAUUUAUCAUUUUAUUACUUAGAUAUUCAUCAAUCUAAAUUAAAAUUAGAACCUGAUCUUAAUAUAUGCACUAUUCAAGAAAAUGAUUCCAAAUGGCAUUAUUCAAAUGGAAAUCUAGAUUAUACAUAUGAUCUCUCCAAAGCUUUUAGUUAUCAAUCUACCAAUAAAACAGCCUUAGUACUAUGUUAUAAAACUGAUUAAAUGUAAGAUCCUUGGAGUGAUCUCAUUUUAAUUUAAAAAAAUCAGAUCCCUCCAGAAGGAUUUUACAAGUUACCUUAAUCUAUACAAAACAAUUAUUUAGCAUUUUCUUUGGCUAAUACUUAUCAUACAGCUAAAUAUUAAGUAGAAAUCACUGAUUCUUAUCCAUAAAAUAAUGAGAAACCAGAAAUAGCAACAUUCUGUUUUCCUAAUGGAAUCUCUCUGUAUAGAUAGAACUAAUUUCCAAAAUAUAAUCAUUUUAUUUUGACUUCAGAAACAGGUGAAAGGACAUAUUGUACUGCAUUAAUAUUUUGUGAAUAGAAUCUAUAAGGAUUUCAUGAAAUGGCUAUAGUGUUAUCAUCUCAUUAUUGUUACUCAGAAUAAUCAUUAGAAUUGCUUAAAAAUCUAUAUUAAAUUUACAUAGCUAAAAAUGUACUCCCAUUAGAAAGAUACAUAUGUAAUAUUGUUGAUGAAAUCGUUCUACCUUAAGAUCCAUCUGAAACAUAUAUUUAUAAUGGAUCUAAAUAAAUCUUCUUUUUCUAAUCUAAUUGUUUUCCAUUAUGCUCAAAUCAAGCUUUUUAAUGUCUAUUUGCAGUUUUAAAUAAAAAAAAUAUAGUUUUACUAUAUUUUGCAUUACUAUUUGAGAAAAAAAUUUAGCUUAUUAGUUCUAAACCUAUAAUUCGUUCAUUGAUUAUUGAAGCAAUUUUAACUCUUUUGUAUCCAUUUGAAUUUACUCAUAUUUUAAUUUCUAGCUUACCUGAAGAUUUAGAAUAAUAUCUUGAAGCUCCACUACCUUAUUUAAUAGGUAUUAAUAAAAAAUAGGCUGAUAAGUAUCCAGAUGCUAUUUAAGUGUUUUUAGAUACAAAUAAUAUAAAAUAAAAUCAACCAAUUGAUGUACCUGAAGAUAUUUGCGAUAAAUUUGUUUUGAAAUUAAAAGAAUUUGAUAAAUAUUAUGAUCCUUAAAUAAUAGAUACAAUUGAUAAUGCUUUUCCUAUGCCUAGAGAAGACGAAUUUGAAAUGAUCGAUCAAUAUUAAGUAAGAGAAGUAUUUCUUAGAUUUAAUAUUUUUAUAUUGUAAGAUUACAAAAAAUUUAUAGACAAAUAAGUUUUCAAAGAAAAAAUGUUUUUGAAAAGUAAAUCAAAAAUUAAAUAAUUUUUGGAACCCUUUAUGGAAACAAGAUUAUUUAAUUUCUUUAUUUAGGAGAGAAUGUAACUCUCAUAAAAUGAUAGUUAAUUAGAAUAUUUUGAUGAUUGCCUUAAAAAUCCUAAAGGUGAUCAUUUUACUCUUCCUAUUUAAAUAUUUAAAGAUUAUUUGAAACCUAAUGAUGAUGGAUUAAAAAAAGAUAAGCAUUUUUAAUAUUGUACAUUCCCUCUUAAAUUAAAUGAUGAAUUUUUCUCAAAACCAAGACUAGAAUUCUUAAAACAUGAAAAUCCAUUUUAAAUUCAUUUAUUUCCAAAAACAUAAAUUGAACAUCUCAGAUUUGAGUUGGCUCAUAUAUAUAAAUAAUGGUUCAGAUUUUUGGUAUAAAAGAUUGAAUAAGAUAAAAUAGAAUUAAAUGAAUUGGUUAAGUAUAGUAUAAAUCUUUUAAAAGAAAUGAAAUAGAAUAAUUUGUAUAUCGAUUCUGAUAUUUUCAAAAAUGCAAUGAUUGCUUGUGCUCAUUAUCAAAUGAAUGAUUUAGCUCUAUAAUUUAUCUAAUAAAUGAGAGAAUUAGGUUAUCAAAAACAGAUCUAAAUUUAUCAGUACUAUUUUCAGACUUAACAAAAUAAUAAAAAAUAAAAAAAUACUUAAUAAAUGAUUUAAUAAACUAUGAAUUCUAGUAAUAGUAAUAGACAAGGAGAUUUUAAAUUUUACUUGGAUCUCAAAUGUCCAAGAUGUGGUAGAAGAUACAAAAUAGAAGAUUUCUUAGCAUCAUUCAUAAAUGAUCAAUUAGAAUGUAAAUCAAAUGGUACAUUAGGAUGUAAUAAUAAAUUUGAUGCCUAAUUACUUUUUAAUAAUAAGGUUCAUUAUCUAAAGAAACCUUCUAAAGUAGAAAAAGAGGAUAAAAUUAUUAAUAUGUUCUAUUUCUAUUUAAUAGGAUUGCCGUUUAAAUUUAUAAAGAAUCAAUUAGAUGAUGAUAUUGUUUAUAGUUCUAAAAAGAUACCAAUCUAUUUGGAUUAUGGAGAUUUGUACACUGAUGAAAAUGAUGAAUGCAACUCUAAUUACUUAUAAAAGGCAGUACAUGAAGUGUUUGGGAUGUUUUUGGAAAGAAUUAAAGAAAUUAUAUCUUAAUAAGAACUUUCUUAAGAAAAGCAUCAUAGAAGGGUGUCAGAUUUAUCAGAUUGA